AUGCACAAGCUCACUCUGAUGUGUUUGCUGUCCUUGAUUGUUCAACCAGUCAUUGGAAAUUGGUCACCAUGGUCUUCUUGGACAGAAUGCACUAAACCUUGUGGGCGUGGAAGGAAGUCAAGAGAACGACUAUGUGAUGGUGUCGGUAGUUGUUCAGGUCCUGGCUUUGAAUCCGAUAGUUGUAACAAGAAUGCAUGUCCAGUCAAUGGAAACUGGGGACCAUGGACUUUUAAUGGACCAUGCUCAGUAACUUGUGGACAAGGAGUGCAGGAAAGACUACGAAUUUGUAAUGAUCCUGCUCCUGUAGGGGACGGAAAGCCAUGUGAUGGUGUAGAUAUUGACUCACAAAAUUGUGUUAACGUAGAACAAUGUGCAGUCAAUGGAAACUGGGGACCAUGGACUCUUUAUGGACAAUGCUCAGUAAUGUGUGGAGAGGGAGUGCAAACAAGAACACGAUUGUGUAAUGAUCCUGCUCCUGUAGGGGACGGAGCGCCAUGUAAUGGUGAAAUGACUAGCUCAAAAAGUUGUAACAUAGAAGCAUGUGCAGCAUUCACAGCGACAUUACCCGGAGGUGUUUAUCCAUAUCAGAACGGUGGUCUUAUCGGAUAUCCGAUUAAGCUUUUAGACACUCGUGGUUACAGUAAUGGUAUUUUUACUGUUCUUCCUGGAAUGGGCGGUGUUUACUCGGUAUCUGUUACUAUGAUGUCAGGCUCUGUUACAGGUCACACUACUUUGAGGAAAAAUGGAGAUAUUUUGGUGUGGCUAUUCACUAACAAAGAAUAUGAUAUGGCAUCCCAAACUAUCAACAUUCAUCUGUGGUUCUUCCUCAUGACUUAUUUCAGGCUGAUGUUGAGUAAAGAGCAUGCCCCUGUUUUUGAAGUUCAUGUUAUGUGA